AUUGUUUGCAGGCGGAAGUGUAACGGUUCAACCAGAAUAGCUCUAGCUGAAGGACACGACAGUCAAAAUUACACUAAAAUCUCGUUUUAAAUCUUUACAACGGAGCUGUACUGUACAGCGUCUUUUGCGAGACAGCAUACUAGUUACUUGUUUGCUAGCUUCGUGCUACAUAGAGGAAUAGUUGCCAGAAGCUGCAGCUACAGGUUAGCUAACGUUAACCCUCUUUCUUUGCAGAGUCGUUUGAUGCUCUAUCGAAACAAACGAGUCAUUUAACCUGCUUCUUUAAAUCUAAUUGACAAGCCAACGCGUGAUGCAGUCAACAUCAAUACAUUAACUAGUAAAAUACGAUAGUGAAUUGGUCUAUAUUUAAGUUUGCACCAUUGCAAAGAAGUGAGUGAUUUAUUGCAGCACAGACAAGCCUGGCAAAGAGGAACAUAUUUGAAAACAGGUGAUGGACUGAUGACACUGUCAGCUCCCUGCCUCCCCUUGUACAUUCUUCAACAACAAACAACAAAACCGUCUGCAAGUGUAGUAAAAUAUGGCAGAUUCCCAAGAGGCAACUCAUGGUCGCAGAGGCGUCAAGAGACUAUCUCAAAGGAAGGUAAACUCUCCCAGCAAACACAAGAAGAGCACACAUUUCACUCGGAAGCCAAAGGAGAGAACUCGAGUGAGCAUUGGACCGGCAUUUGAAGAGUGGCGUUCAGUGAAAGCAGCAAAGGGAAUGAAAAAUGACGCAGAACUGGCCCUGAGUCUACUGGACUUAAUGAAGAGGUUGCCCUCCAGGUCAGCUCCCUCUGGAGCCAGUGAUGAAAAGAUUAAAUUAUCCCAAUCUGAAGUGCAGACACUGAUCGAGCAGGAGGUUCACGCUGCACUGAAAAAGAAAGAAGGCAAGCUGCAGGGGUUAAUAGGAACUAUUCAAGAGCUGGAUCGUAAGGUUGACUAUGCAAGCUCCAUCCAAAAACUGGAGACUCGGUUAAACACGGUAACCAAGAGAGCGGAAGCGGCCAUCGCCUACAUGACAAAGACACAGAAAAAGAGCCCACCUGCCGUGUCUUGAUAGUGUCGAGACGAACAGGGCAGACUCUGAGGAUGAAACCACGGAAAAGGUUGAAAAAAAGAGCGUGGAUUGUAUGAACAAGAGCGGAGAGCUCUUCAAAAUGAUGAAAACCACAAAAAUGGCACUAGUGAAGAUGCAAGUCGAUAAUAAAGCUUUGAAGGCUGCCAUAGCAGAUUUAAGUGAGGAGCUGCCUCCCCCGGUUCUCAGCCCGUAUGGUUCUCCUGAGUCUAAGGAAUUUCUCGGGGUUAUAAAGAGAGAGCCAGAAGAUAAGGAGCAAAGUAACACUGUUGAACAGUCCACGUCGUGUGAGGAACCAAAGGCUUGGAGGCUGAAAGUAGAAAGUCUCUCUCGUGGUGAUAGUAGCAGUCCCAAGCACACAGACUCAGAGCAGGACACAGUCUUGUAUCCUCCUCUUCCCUCCACCACUUCCCCUUCCACCCUCAACAUGGAGGCGGCCUCAUACAACAUCCCCCAGAUACUAAAGGUACAUUUGGCUCUCAUCAGGAACCCCGCUGGCCUCUCCGUGCUCUGGAACGUGGAUGAGAAAGACCCCUUGGCGCCGCCCAUGGAUAGUUAUGGCAUCUUCAUGUCGAUGGAGAAGGUUAAGGGUAGUGGCAUCUUCCCACAUUGGAGUAACCUUGGUGAGGUGAGGGCCGUCCCACUGCCCAUGUGUGUGAUGAUCAGCAAGUACAAGCCCGGGCACAAGGUAUGUGUUGCUGUGAUAGCCAAAGACAAGUUUGGAAGGUACGGACCUUACAGUAAAGUUGUAACCGCAGCUAUACCCGAGUAGUUGGGAGGAAGAUACGGGGUCGAGGGAGAGACGCAAAAGGCUAACUGCCAUUUUUCACAUGAAACACUCUUUUCAUCGCUUCAAGGUUGAUGACACGGAGAGCAUCAGGAGUAUAAUGACAUUUUUUUUUUGGUUGUUUCUUAAGGCAAAAGUACAUAAACAAUUUUUUAUUAUUUGAAACGAAAUAAAACAAAAUGGAAUUGCACCCAAAUGUUAGCUUUAUUUUUGUCCUCCAGCAGUGAUUACGAUCCAAUGGAAGCUGUAUAUAUAGCCAUGUUUUUAACAAACUUAUUUUUCUGUUUGGUUUGAUAUGUAAAGGUUACAUUUGUUGUGUUUAAAUGUGUGUUCUGUAUGAUACAUUUGUGGUUGAAUUAUAAAGUAAAAACUUCAAACAUCAAA